AGCUGGGCGGAACGAGGAUGGCAUUGGCAGGAGCGGAGGUGGUGGCCGCCGUCGACCACCGCGGCCGCCCGGUGUCGCGGCGCUCCUCCGGUCGGUGGCCGGCCGCGCUCUUCGUCGUCGGGGUGGAGGUCGCGGAGCGGUUCGCGUUCGCCGGCAUCUCCAGCAACCUCAUCACCUACCUGACAGGCCCGCUCGGGCAGUCGACGGGGUCGGCUGCGGCCGCCGUCAACGUGUGGGCGGGCGUGGCCAUGCUGCUGCCGCUGCUCGGCGCCGCCGUGGCCGACUCCUGGCUCGGCCGGUACCGCACCAUCGUCUACGCCUCCGGCCUCUACAUCCUGGGACUGGCCAUGCUCACCGUCUCGUCGGCGCCACCAGCGGCAUGCGCGGGCACGCCGGACUCAGCCGAGUGCUCGGCAGGCCCGUCCGCUAUCCAAGUGGUCUUCUUCUACCUCUCCCUCUACCUCGUCGCAAUCGCCUACGGCGGCCAGAAGCCCUGCGUGCAGGCGUUCAGCGCGGACCAGUUCGACGAGAGUGACCCCGAGGAGCUCGCGUCCAGGGGCUCCUUCUUCAACUGGUGGUGCUUCGCCACAAGCGGCGGCAACACCAUCACCAUCUCGGCCUUGAACUACGUCCAGGAGAGCGUAAGCUGGCAGUUCGGAUUCGGCAUCCCGUGCGCCGCCAUGGCGCUCGCUCUCUCCGUCUUCUUGCUCGGAACCAGCACCUACCGCUUCUACCCACCGGAGAGGAACGGCGGCCUGCUCGCGCAUCUCGGCGAACUGCUCGUCUCGAGGGCUAAAUCCUGGCGCUCGUCAUGGUGUUCCAAUUCCAAAUUACCCGAUGAUGACUCACUGCCAUUGCUUGCCGAUGCUCCAUCGGCAUCCAAGGAUAACGCCAAAGAUUUCCCUCACGAAGCCACGUCGCUGCUCAAGCUGUUCCCGAUAUGGUCGACCUGCCUGAUCUACGCCGUCGUCCUGUCGCAGUGGUCGACGCUGUUCACCAAGCAGGCGAGCACGCUGGACAGGAGGAUCGGCAGCCUGCUCGUACCGGCCGCCGCCAUGCAAAACCUGAGCCACGCCGCAGUGCUCAUCUUCCUCCCGAUCUACGACCGGAUCCUCGUCCCGCUCGCUAGAAAACGCACAGGGAACCCUCGUGGCAUCACCGUCCUGCAGAGGAUCGGCGUCGGGCUGGCGAUCUCGAUCGCCGCCAUGAUCGUCGCCGCGCUGGUGGAGACCAAGAGGCUCAGGAUCGCAGCCGACCACGGCCUGCUGGACGAGCCUCAAGUUCCCAUCCCCAUGAGCCUGCUGUGGGUGGUUCCUCAGUUCCUCCUGGCCGGGCUGUCCGGCGUGUUCGCGUUCGUCGGCCUGCAGGAGUUCUUCUACGACCAGGUGCCGGACUCCCUCCGCAGCCUGGGCAUCGCUCUGUGCAUGAGCAUCGCCGGGGCUGGCUGCUUCAUCAGCAGCUUCCUCGUGUACGCCAUUGACAGGGUGACCAGCAGCAAUGGGGGGAGCUGGUUCUCAAACAACCUCAACAGGGGGCACCUCGACUACUUCUUCUGGCUCCUGGCCGCGCUCAGUGCCUUGGGCUUCUCUGCUUACCUGCACUUUGCAAGGGUUUAUGUCGGCAAGAAAAGGAACAGUUCAGCUUCAGUACAGUGAUGCGAUGGUAUCUACAGAGCCUUCAGCGCAAUUUUCAUGGACAAUCAUGGCAGGUAGGGAAGGAAGCUUGCCACGGGAAAUUAGCAAAAUGAUAUUUCGCGUCGCUUCCAGAUUCAAAGCUACACGGACGAGGAUGGCGUGACCAUAGAACAGCCCCGCAUUUACAAUGGUUUUCAAAAGAAAUGGCCACGCUGACUUGAUGUAAAUAUGUGGAAAAUAUGUGAACAUAAUGUACCAGUACGAAGUUCAGAUAAUUUUUGAAAAUUCUGAUUUCUUGUGCA